AUAGUUUAUCUAGCAAAUACCAAAAUGUGUUUAUACAGUAGCUAGCUAGCCAGUAAAUCAGAUAUCUAAAUGUAAGCUAGUACUAUUAUAGUAACUAUAAUAAUGUUUAUUAUGCUUUUAAUGAAAGUUUCUUAGUGAAAGACUUUAGGCUAAUUACUGCUUACAAUUAAAUCAGUCAAUACUUCAUUUUUAGCAUUUGUAUAACUUUCAUGCAUGUCUGCUUAUAACCAAAUAAUAUCUUUAUUUAUGUUUGUAUAUGAUAUAGAUUAUAUAUAUUUUCCCAAAUGUAAAUCCAGCGUCCAAAAACAGAUUAAAAAUAAAUAAAAUAAUAUAAAUGUGUUUUUGUAAUCUGGGUUGCAAAUAAUAGCCUGACUACGUCAGACUUCGUACUUCCGCUAAAUUUCAUUACGCUUCUGUACUCAGUCUGAGAUACCUCCCAUUCAAACCGUUUUCCACCGGUCUCAAAACGACCGUCCAAUCAACGAACAGAGGGCGGGCUGAGAGCCGUGACGUAGACGCUAAACGCCGAAUCACGGUUGUAGUCUGUUGUGGACAUGGAGACACAGAAAGCUCUGUUGUGGAGAACCGGCACUUGCCAACUUAAACCCGAACAAGAAAAGUGUUUGUUAAACAUUUGAAUGGAGAUUAUGUUGUUGCCCUGCUCCCGACAAGUUUUUGGAAAAGUUUAAUUUAUCAACUUUACCGAUCGCCAGCGAGAAACUGUGUGCAGCACAGCUUGACGUGCACAACGAUCGAGAAAUCAUGGAAGGGAAUUAUAUUGUUCACAGUUAAUGGUGGAGGACGCGUGGGCAAGCAUUCUUUGGUGACAUUCCUGAUUAACCAGAAAAUAAGUUAAAUUGAUUGAGAUCUUCAGUGAAGCUCCUUCUACAACAAUCCACCAAUAAAUGCUGGAGUCAAACACACAGAGAAAUCACUCCAUGUGUGACAACUAAAAACUUCAUGACAUAAUGUUGAUGCUGGUGAAAGAGGAGCUUGAGAAGAUGACAGAUCCACAACCAUGCAGAAUAAAGGAUGAAGAUACUGAGGAACAAAUAGAUAUGAUGGAAGUUAAAGAGGAGAGUCAAGCUGAAGUGGAUGAAAAACAUCAAAUUGUAAAAAUAAAUCAUAAUGUUUCACAGAAAGAAACUCUGAAGACAGAAGACAUAAAGUGUGAAAAGAGUUUCAGUGAAGAUGAACGCCCUGCAGAUCACAAGAGGACUCACAGUAAGCAGAAACCUUUCACAUGUCAACAGUGUGGAAAGAGUUUUAGAACAAAAGAUAACCUUAAAGCACACAUGAGGAUUCACACUGGAGAGAAACCAUUCACAUGUCAACAGUGUGGAAAGAGUUUCACCUUUAAAACGAACCUUAACCGCCACAUGAAAACUCACAGUGAGGAAAAGCCACACGCAUGUCUUCAGUGUGAAAAGAGUUUCAUAGAUAAAAGUCAACUUAAGAAACACAUAAGAGUUCACACUGGAGAGAAACCUUACACGUGUCAACAGUGUGGAAAGAGUUUUUCUAUUGAAAGUAACCUUAAGAUACACGCAAGAAUUCACACUGGAGAGAAACCUUUCAUGUGUCCACAGUGUGAAAAGCGUUUCAUAGAUAAACAUGGACUUGAGAUUCACGUGAGAAGUCACACUGGAGAAAAACCUUACAUAUGCUCUCAGUGUGAAAAGAGUUUUACAUGUCGAAGUAAUCUUAAGACACACAUGAAAGUUCACACUAGAGAAAAACUGUUCAAAUGUCUUCAGUGUGAAAAUAGUUUCAUAAAUAAACAUAGACUUAAAACUCACAUGAGAAGUCACACUAAAGAGAAACCGUUCAAAUGCCAUGAGUGUAAAAAGAGUUUCAAAACAAAAGCUUAUAUUAAAAUACAUGCAAGAUUUCACACUCAAUAGAAACCAUUCAUGUGUCAACAGUGUGGAUAUGGCAACAAAGUUUAUAAAUCAGCUGAGGUCUUAUUAAUAAAACUGUGCGUAGGAUCCUUACUUAAAGAGCCACACAGAUCCAAAAUUGAAACUGACCUGUAUUGCAGUGUGUCAUGUAGCUGUCCAUCAAUGUAAACAAUGUGCAAAGUAGUUGAACCAAAAAGUGCACGAUUAAUAAAGUUAUUGGCAUCUAAAGUAGGGAGUCGACUCUGAAUCGCUGAAACGAGUCGUCAUAUGGAUUGAAUCUCCUGCCUGACUUUAUCCACAUAAUACGUAAUAACAUAAUGGUUCAGUACCCACUUUAUUUGGAACAAUAUGCAUCUCCUAACCAUAACU